GUUUUUGUUCCCUGUGUAUUUUUUUUAACCACGUGAGAUGGUCUAACUGAAAUGUUCGAGUCUUUUUUUAUCCACAAAUUCGUUAUUCUUCAGUUAUGUAUUCAACUCAGGAAUUGGAACUCUUUCCUGAUCGUACUGUAACUCAGUUGCUAUUCAAAGAUGUCAAAAACGCUGCAGAAUUGAGGAAAAAUGCCAUGGAAGGAAAGAUUAAUGGUGCCUUGAUAAACCCGUCUAUGAUAGUGAACCCCUUCCAAGUGCUAGUGGCAGCAAACAAGGCAGUUCAUUUACAUAGUACUGGAAAAAUGAAGACAAGGAGUUUAUAUUCCGAAAUCAUCUACAACCUUUCACCCACUAAUAAUAUUUCAGAGGCCUUCAAGAGGUUUGGGAUGUCAGACAGUGACAGUGCUGUUCUCAUAGUUCUAGUCCAUCUCAAAGAGGAGACGCAGCACAUGACUGACAUCAUUGCCAAGGUGGAUGGACAACAGAUCCCAGUUGAAGAUGUCUCCAUGUUGACCGACCCUGCUAAGGUCAAAAAGCUGUACAAAACCACACCCCAGGAGGAUACGUGUCUACUGGAUGCUGUUGUCUGCAGGAUGGCAACCAAAGAUGUCAUGUAGCUCAGCAAAUGGAACCCUUCCUGUUAUGUCAGUUGUUGUUGAGCGUUUCAUAUUGAUGUUGUUGCACAAUGUCAUAAAUCAAACGUUUUCCUCCUCGAAUAUGUUAUUAAACAUGUUUAUUUUUA